AUGUUCUUCCUUGCCAUCACCACACAGCCUGAGCUCAACACCCCCUGCAGGAAGUCUCUCCAGGCGCAUCUGCAGGCAUCACCUGUGCGCCCUCGCAUCACUGCCAACGUCUUCUCCCUCUGCAACCCUCCCACCAACGCCUCCUCCUCUUCCUCCUCUCGGCGUAGUCUGCUUCCUGUGGUGGCUGUCGACCCGUCGAGCAACAAGUGCCCCGUGGUGUGGGUGCAGGAUGUUGAUCGACUUCAGAAUGUCACUCGCCUGGCCAAGGCCUGCACCUCGGCAGAUACAGCCUGCUCCAGAUGCGCCUCCACCCUGUCAGCCGCAGCUGCCGCCCUGGCCCGCUACAGCCUGGCUGUAGCCGCACGCACUGCAGCGAGGGGAAGUGGGGGACAGUCUCUGGCUGCUGAUAAUGCGACUAUGGCGGCUGGUGAAACCACCACUGCACCGCCUGAGGCAGUCACGGCUGAUUGUGCCCGGGUGACAUUCGUGAGGGUGGCCCAGGCGCAGAGCUGGCGGGCUGCACCAGGGCUUGUGGCCCUGCAACUGGACUGCCCCAUCGUGUAG